AUGCAAGUAGUAAUAAAUAUAAACGAGUGUCUCGUUGAAAGUCCAUGCGGUUCACAUCAACAUUGCAUUAAUACGAAUGGUUCCUACCGUUGUCAAAAUCUUUCAAAAUGCUUAGCGGGGUACAUGCCAGCUCCAAACGGUAUCACAUGCAUUGACAUCGAUGAAUGUGAAACUCGAUCCCAUAACUGCGAGGAAAAUGAAAUAUGCACCAAUCGCAUUGGAGGCUUUAUUUGCUCAUGUCCUGGAGGACAUCAUAAAAGUGUUGUAAAUGGUGUAAGUCGUUGUAUUGAUAUCAAUGAAUGUGAUCGGGAACCCUCUACUUGCCCGACAAACGCACAGUGUAUAAAUACGAUUGGAUCCUAUUAUUGUGAAUGCAAAACUGGAUUUCAAAAGAGCAGAGAUAAUGACCGUAUUUGCCUUGAUGUGGAUGAAUGCCAGGAAAUAUCAGGUCUUUGUCAACAAAAAUGUGUAAAUUUUUGGGGUGGCUACCGCUGCUCUUGUAAUUCGGGUUACGAACUUAGUUCCGAUAAUCGGACAUGUAACGAUGUUGACGAAUGUGAAAUUCACAAAGUUUAUAAGCCUUGCAUGGGUUUUUGUAACAAUGUCCCAGGUUCAUAUGAAUGCACAUGUCCCCGCGGUUACGUACUUGCAAUUGAUAGGAACACUUGCCGAGAUAUAGACGAAUGCGCUACCGGAGAAUUUUGUACGGGAAGAAAUGAUAUUUGUACAAAUAUACGGGGUAGUUAUAAAUGCACCACUAUUCAUUGUCCUUAUGGUUAUAUUAAUGAUCCAGAUCAGAAAAACCGUUGCCGACAAACUAGUCAUAUAUGCGAGGGUGAUGAUUGUUAUACAAAACCUUCUGCGUAUACAUAUAAUUUCCUAACACUUGUGUCGAAAUUAAUGAUACCACCUGAAGGUCGUCCCAUAUUUAGUUUAAGAGGACCAUUAUGGUACGACAACAUAGAUUUUGACUUAAAAAUUGUCAAAAUACAAGCAGCCGCAAAUAUUGAGAAAGUCACUGAUAAUCAUUUUGAAAUCACUAAAGGAAGACAUGAGGUUCAACUAGUGCUUAAACGGUUUCUAGAAGGUCCACAAGAAAUUGAACUAGAACUUAGUAUGACAGUGUUCACAAAUAGUAUGCCGCGAGGUAAAAGUGUUGCCAAGAUAUUUGUAAUUGUUUCUCAAUAUAGCUUUUAAU